AUGCCAGCUUGGCUGUAGAUUCAUGCUAGCAUUCUUCUCACGCUACUUCACGCGCGAGGUCACCAAUCAACAUAGUGUAUUCGACCUACGGCUUGAUCUAGAUCAUCAACAUCGGCCAGCUUAAACUUGAAGCGACUGUAUAGCUGUCGUGAAGUACCCUAGUGCCACAAGCCAUCGCUGUAACCGUGUAACAAGCUGUGCAGGUUUCGGUCAUGUCCAGACGAGAGAGUGAUGGAAAGAGACUAGGUCUGCAGACUGCGCGUCGGCAGCUGAACGCGACGAUUCUCGCAUAUUUGCUUAUCAGCUAGAUGCCAUGUGGCGGCGGAACGGGCCAGCAUCCUCAACACCUGACAGGUCCAUAUCGUGAAUUCCAGACUCACAUUCUCUACGCAUCAUCACCCAGUGCACCCGUUCAUGUGUGCCCUUGCAUAUAUUUGCCGAAGCCUAAGCUAUUUGGCUCUUAGUGCUGCGUCGCUCUCCACGUUUUCGGGCACCCCGCCUUCUCGGCCACCAAAUGGACCCUUGAGGCUUCCCAGCCUCGAGCUGAAAGCGCCACAAUUUGGCAUCACCCAACGGCCAUACACGCUACUAGGUUCUCGCCUUAUGUCUUGUGCGCGAAAUGAUGUGCGCACAUCACAAAAGCGGCAGAGCUAUCGCCAAAUCGUUCGUAUCCCGCUUCUGUCAUCCUGAUCUGGAAGCGCGUUGUUGUUCAUUACUUCUUUGGUCGUUGUGGCUUUCCCGUAGCUCUGGUCUCCCCUCAUUGACCGGCCAGUCGUCGAGCGAGUGAUACGCCUCUCCUGCGCACCACUCAUUUAUACUAGGCGGUAUAUGAGAAUUACGAGAUGAGAAUUGUGUCUUCUGAAGUCACCUUCAAGGCCAGAUGCGAGACGCGACGGGACUUCUCACAGCUGCGAGAGUGAACAUCUCUUACAGCGGGCUCGGUGGUACUUUUUUUCAGAUACAGCGAAGUAUAGGAUGAUUGACAUGCAACGACUCGUGCCAUGCAGCUGCGAUGCUGGUCGCUGUCUGGAUAUCGUACUAUCAUGCUCUGGCCCUACAACUAAGGCGCUUACAGGACGUUGCAGCGAAAUAUUCGAGAAGAAGUAUAUG